AUGGAUUUUAUAAAGACAAAAAUGUGGAACAGCUCAGAAGCUCAAUCAAGGUUCGGGAUGAAACCAACAUGGAAUCAAGAGAUUCCUCAGCAUUGGGUCGACCAGGGACUGACAAUGGACGACCUUAAAGCUGGUUACAAAGUAGUGCAUGCUUACCUCCUCGUUGGCAUGAUCAUCUGCAUCAUAAAUUACGUCAUUUGCUGGAAGGUGAGGAAGAAUAUUCAUCCGAUGAAACUCAUAGGCGAAAUUCCAAUGACAAAAUUCGAAAAGUAUGCUUUUGCUUGUCAACUUGGACGCGAACCUGCAAUCAAUUUCGUCAAUUCUACUCUGGUAACAAACGAUCGAGCGUAUGUCGUUCUUCGUUUGAUUCUCGGGCUUACUUCAACUCUUGGUCAAACUUUUGUUGGAGCAAGUACUCCGCUGCGCGGUCUUAAUUAUCCAAUAGCCUUGAUUCUGACAGUCUACACGAAUUUCAACAGAAAAUUGAUAAUUCUCGGAUUUGGGAGCAAAAUGCAGACGCUCAACAAAGUCCAUUCCUACUUCUUCAAUUGCCAGCUCAUUCUUGCUGUUUUCAUCACAAUCUCAAACUGGACGCAAUGGUUUGGAUUAUUUCCUUUUCGAGACAUGUCUCGGAAGCCUGAUUUAUCCCAUAAUUUGAUGGCGAUCAAAGAGUUUUCUCCGUUAAUUCUACUGCUCGUUGAUUUACUUUGGUUGGAGACAAGAGUUCAUUUCGCCGGCGUCUGGCACGCUAUGACGACAAUGACUUCAAUGACUCUCUUGCUGAUUGCCGGUCAAAAGCAGCAGCCUCAGGCAGUUCUAGCACCAGUCGACCAACCUGCAAGAACACUACCACAAACCCAUAUUGCCAUGAUUGCGAUUCCGACAAUCCAGUUGGCGAUCUCCCUCCUUUGCGAUUUAAAAAUCUGGGUUCUGAGACAACUCCCUGUCAUUGGCGAACGAGUCCGACUGCGAGAAAGCCUCAUCGAGAAUUUUCGAAAACGACAAGCUUUCACGAAACAUUUUCCAGUAACGAGAGCAAUGCGACGACAGACGGCGACUACGAAUGAAAUCUUCAAGAAAUUCGGACGCGUCUCGCAAAAACAAUCUAUUUUACGAAGACUUCAACAGAGAAAUCAACAAAGAAACCAAGUUGGUGAUAGAAGAAUAUCACAGACUUAUGGAAGAAGACGAAUGUCUGUUGCGAAUGCGCUGAUGACUGUUGAGAGUCUUGAUUCAUUUGAGUAUGACUGA